ACCGUUGAUGUUUGAAUUCGUUCCAUGAAAACAGCGGCAGAUGACAGCAGCAGCUUGUCGGGCUCGCCAAAAUUGCCAAUUAUCGAGAAAGCCAGCAACUUUUCAUUUCCUAAAAAGCUCUCUAGACUUCGGCGGUAACAUUUAUCAACAGUUGAAAAUGUCUAAAAAACAAAUUUUCUAUUCUGACAAGUACAACGACGAGGAGUUCGAGUACAGGCAUGUCGUGCUUCCAAAGCAGCUGUCCAAAUUGGUGCCCUCCUCCCACCUGAUGACGGAGGAAGAGUGGAGGGGUCUUGGGGUGCAGCAGAGCCAGGGCUGGGUUCACUACAUGAUACACAAACCGGAGCCGCACAUACUGCUUUUCAGAAGACCACUCCCUAAGGAGUAAAGGAGAACCAUCUGUAAAUCACCUGCUAGUGUUUUUGCUGAUUUGGAAACUACAUCUCUUCAACAUACAUUUUUAUAUGUGUUCUGAAGUAUUGUUUAGAAAACAUUGUUUUAUUGUGUAUAUCUGUCUGUACUAUCUUCCUCAAUUUUUAGAGGUAAAGAGAGGCUUAUGGCCUGAUUUCACUGUGAUUGGUAACCUUAAAGAUCGUUUGAAGGUGAAAGUGAAUCUGUCAGUUACACAAUUUCAUGCAAUUUAUUCUAAGUAUUUUCUUUGAUGCCAUAUUGUUAUGAUUGGCAUAUUUACCGAUUGGCCAUGCAGGCAUAUGGUUGUAUUUUCUCAAGCCCAUCAAUUUUUAAAGGAAGUUUUCUGUGUUUUAAACAUUUCCUGUUCUUUAAACCUGUCUGUAAUAUGUACUGUACAUAUUAUUUGUAGAUAUUAUGAAUUUUGAAUGUGAGUCGUGGUUGAUUCAACCAGUUCUUUGUUACUGAAAGAAGAAAUUAAAAUGUACCAUCUCA